UGUUGACGGAUUCCUCAAGAGCCAUAAGGCCGUCUGCAAUAUGCCAUCAAACUUCCAGUACUUUCACAUUGAAAGCCUAGAUCCUACCUAGAAAACAUAGAAAGAGCCAGUGAUUUUGCAGGGAAAGAUGGAAGUUGUGGUGGGUGGUUCUCACCAUUUUAGCCAUCAUCAUCCGUUGCACCGCACCAAUGCACCUCCAACCGGAAACAGCAGCUGCCAUGGAUGCAAGCUUGAUAUGUUACCUGGCAAUGAGUUCUACUCCUGUAAGUCCUGUAAAUUUUGUCUUCACCAGGUUUGCUACAAUAUGCCCAAAAAGACUAGACACCCUGCACACCCAGACCACUAUUUAACCCUUGUUGUUUCACCUAAUUUAUCUAAAAUUGGUGCCUGCAAGUGCAAAGCUUGCGGACUUGAGAUCACUGGCUUCCAUUACAAUUGCUUGAUAUGCGGCGUUUACUAUCAUACUCUAUGUACAGCACUGCCUUUGUCUAUUUCCAUCACUUCCCACCCUCACACCCUCAAGAUUCAAUUUUCACCUCCAUAUGACUUCUGCUGUGAUUUAUGCAAUAAACCUAGUUACAACGGGUGGCUUUAUAGGUGUCGGUUCUGCGAAUUCGACGCACAUAUUGCUUGUGCAAGUGCCAAUCAAAGAGUACAAACACUAAACCAAUUGUUCAUGUCACUGCCUAGCAGUUUCACAAGCCAGAUCAUGCAUUCCUCUGCAUCCCUUACAGAAGCCAACAGAAAGAUAGACCAUGUCAGUGAAGGCAAGGAAUUGAUGCAGUUAGUACUGAUGGGAGUCACUAGAGGGAUCAGAAAUGGAAAUAUUCAACAAUCUAUUCAUAGUGCAGUGGCUGGAUGGGAUCAGAGAUUGCAUAGUCCAAGAAAAGGUGGAAUUGGAAGCUUUGGAAGCUUUGGAAGACAUCAACCAAAGAGUUACACAGUUGGCAACACUUCCAAAUCCGGAGAACGAUCGCGGGAGCAUGAUCUAUCAACUUCAGCUGCUGCUGAUGACCUGACUAUCCCAAGCUACCAAUUCAGCGACUUAUGUUUUUCGAUCGAUUUCGCAAAGUCUAGUCAUAACAAUGAAGCCUUAAAACGCAGUAUGGAUAAUGUUCCUGAAGUUGUGAAACAGAUUGACAGAACCAAUGUUGGUAUUCACAGUAGUACUGUGAAGGAUUCAAGAUCCAAUAAACCUGUGGAAACCCGACUCAAGUUAGUUGAUAAGCCGGUUUAUAAUCCCCUAUAUAGAGGUCCAGAAGGUUGGUUGGAUGAAGCAUUUUUAGCCGGAGUUGGCACUCACAACCAGAAGCAGUUUGGCCAUACUGACAAUAUAGGAAAAGAAAAUAAAUCAGAGAGAGUAAGUUGA